AUGGAACGAAGGAGUGAGGAGGAGGAGGACGAGGACAAGGAAGAGGAGGAGAAAUGUGCCACAACUGCGAAGGGCAGACAAUGUGCCUCAGUAUCCAAGCCCUGGUUGAAUAUUGCAGCAUCAGGCACACACACACACAAACGCACCGCAGGGAAUGGAGCAGGCCAGAGAAAUGCCUAGUCUCCAGCUGGGCAGCCACUUGCCUUGUUGCCAUGGCGAUGCUGGAGCACAUUGUAAGCCAGUGACUCAUUGAGCGGAGCAGUGUGGCGGAGCGGAGAGGAGGCACGGGAACAGAAUCCAUAUUGUGGUUAUGAAUUGACAAUGGGCGUUCGGGACAGGCCUAGUUCUCUCUCUGUGUGUGUGUGUGUGUGUGUGUGUGUGGUGUGUGUCUCUGUGUUUGUGUGUCUGUGUCUCUGUGUGUGUGCUAGCUAGAGAGGGUAUUGGGCAGACUGCAGGCACGCACAUUCUCACAGCACCAACCAUCCAUGGCUUCAUCAUUUACACUCGAUCGUGACCAAAUUAUGGAAUGGGCAAUUGAAACGAAUAAUCUGUUCAAGCUUUUAUACGAACCCUGUUACAUCACAUCCAGCUCUGCUUUACUUGGCCCAGCCUGUGCGUCAGAGAGUGGAGACGCACAAUAAUGAAUAUUCAUCCCAUGGCUCAGCAGUGAAACAGCCCUCCAGGCAGUGGCUAGCUGUGCCUUAUCUUUCUAACUGGUCCAACACAGCUAUUCAUUAUCACAGGUGGGAACAGCAGAUAACACCUCUUUCCAGGUUUUCCCUCCUAAUGUUCUGCUCUAGCGCAUUCAUAGUUUAGUUCGGGGUGUACAUAGAGGUCAGAGGUCACAGUUAAACCCAAUAGCAUAGUCACAGACCAUUGUCAUAACUCCAGACUGAGGGCUAGAACACUUCCUGUCAACCCCUUAGGGAGUCAUGAUGGGUAUUUAGACUAAAGGGCUCACAGUGCUGUAGAGCUUCAAAGCCUUUUGGGUCUCUGAGUGGUUGGUCUGUGUAUCAGAAAGACCGUGGGUAAGGACAUAUUUAGGCCUGAGGGGUUAGUAACUUAUGAGUGAUGUGGUUGAUGGUUAGUGGGCUUAACCUGUAGCCUUACUUACCCUUGUGUAUUUAUAUUAGACAGUGUUGUUUCUAGUAAUGGCUGUCUAAAUGUCAGCUUAGAGUUUACUCAAUCAAACAGGAAGCACUUAGCCAGGACAGGAAAUGGAAUUUAUGUGAAUGGGGGUCAAAAGGAAAAAGGUGUCAGUCUAUACUGAGAAAUCUUAGUAGGAAAUCUUCUCAUAUAGAAAUCCAAAGGGGGAUAGGAAUUGUUACCUCUGGUUUGGUCAUUCAGGAAAUUGGUCCAGAACUUGGGAGAGAAAAGGGAAUUUUCCUUAGUUUCUUAGCAGGAACAGUCAGGAUAUGAGAGUUUACCUUGGUUAACCUAGUCGUGGGGAAACUUGAAUCCUGAUAGGACAGUAGUGUUUGUACUGGGACUGAGUGGCGUGAGGAAUCUGUGGUAUGUUUAGGAGCAGAGGUGUGCCAGUUUCUGUUAGAAACGUCCGCCCGGGCCAGGGAGGUAAAGUAGCAGUCUCAGAUGGGGUUGUGACCUCCUAAACUGGAGCUCCCGCCUCCCAUAGGGAAACUGUGGUAUAGGAAUCUGAAUCCAAUAGGAAGUCCAUGUACUUGGACUCCUGUAGAGAGAAGGGGAUGUUUGAAUGGGCUGAAUACAGAGCAUUCCUUUAAUCUAUUCCACUGAUGAAUUCUGGCUGUGUCACCUUCUGUGAACCCUUUGCCAGCAUUCCAGUAGGGAUUCUAAUGUUAUGGCUUUUUAUCUUUCUUUAGGCUACAUACUUUCCUCUCCUCUUUACACCCCUCUCUCUUUAUCUGGCCUAUUUCACCUCCUUUAUUCAGUAUGUCAGUUCCUCACUCCCCUCCGCUGUCAGAAAGUACCAGAGAUGUGCUCUCACAAUGCCUUUCGAGAUUUGAUUUGACAGGUCUUUUCCUACGCCUUACACAAUUGUGUCAGUCGGUGUCCUCAAUCUGUCACACGUACAGCUGAACAAACACCCUGUUACUAAACCAACACACAACCCUCCCAAAGGAACCUCAUAUAGCAGUGAAAAGAACAAUAAACUGGAGAGCGAGAUCAGGUUGCCUCUAACCCAAUACCUCUGAAUGAGGUCUAUGGUGACAUUUACAUUCCAUAUGCAUCCUCAGCACAGUUUAGGUCAGAGAGAGAAAGCCACCUCACAUAGUGUUUUAUGGACCAUGCUUCACCCACAUUCUAUUGUAGCUGAGUCAGAACCUAGUCAUACAGGGAUGCCUGGGCCUCCUCUGGAACACUAGUGCUACAUCUCAAUAGUAUCAAGUGGCUUUCUUUCCUCAUCUCUAUUCCUUCAUCAACAUUGAUCUGAAAUUAGAUAAGGAAGGAAAGCCAGUUUGGAUUAUUGAGAUGCAGCCCAGGAUUCAUGGGAAACACAGUUGUUUUCCUGGUCAUUGGGGGUGUGACAAAACUGUUUCCUGUUUGCCUAAUUGCAUCGUGUGGAUGAUGUUAAAAAUAUUUGUUGGUCUGAUGUGAUUAAUAAGGAGCCUCCAGACGCUGCAUUUUAUGCAUUUAUGAAAUUGCUUCUUCAAAUUAUUGAUAAACAUGCACCUGAUAAGAAACUGACUGUUAGAACUGUUAAGGCUCCAUGGAUUGAUGAGGAAUUGAAAAACUGUCUGGUUGAAAGAGAUGGAGCAAAAGGAGUGGCUAAUAAGUCUGGCUGCACAUCUGACUGGAUGACUUAAUGCAAAUUGAAAAUUAUGUGACUAAACCUAACAAAAAGAAGAAGAAACUGUAUUAUGAAGCCAAGAUCAAUGAUAUAAAGAAUGAUGGGAAAAAACUUUGGAGUACUUUAAAUGAAAUGAUGGGCAGAAAGACAUUCAAUCAGAUGGCUUAUUCAUCGCAAAACCAUUUGAUGUUGCCAGUUUUUUUAAUGAUUACUUAAUUGGCAAAGUGGGCACAUUUAGGCAGGAAAUGCCAACAAUGAACAGUGAGCCAUCAUACUCAUGCAUAGAAAAACAAAUAAUGAAAGAAAAGCAUUGUAAGUUAGAAUUUUGUAAAGUUAGUGUGGGUGAGGUGGAAAGAUUAUUGUUAUCGAUCAAUAAUGACAAACCUCCUGCCAUUGACAACUUAGAUGGAAAGCUACUGAGGAUGGUAGCUGACUCUAUAGCCACUCCUAUCUGUCAUAUCUUUAAUCUGAGCCUAGAGGAAAGUCUUUGUCCUCAGGCCUGGAGGGAAGCCAAAGUCAUUCCGCUACCCAAGAGUGGUAAAGUGGCCUUUACUGGUUCUAGCAGAAGACCUAUCAGCUUGAUGCCAGCUCUUAGCAAACUGUUGGAAAUGUAUUUUGACCAAAUACAAUGAUAUUUCUCUGUAAACAAAUUAACAUACUUUCAUGCUUAUAGAGAAGGGCACUCAACAUGUACUGGACUGACACAAAUGACUGAUGAUUGGUUGAAAGAAAUUGACAGUAAGAAUAUUGUGGGAGGUGUACUGUUAGAUCUCAGUGCAGCCUUUGGAUAUUAUUGACCAUAACCUAUUGUUGAGAACUUAUGUGUUAUGGUCUUUCAACCUCUGCCAUAUCAUGGAUCCAGAGCUAUCUAUCUAAUAGAACUCAGAGGGCUUUCUUUAAUGGAAGCUUCUCUAAUGUCAAACAUGUAAAGUGUGGUGUACCACAGGGCAGCUGUCUAUGCCCUCGACUCUCUUCUAUUUUUACCAAUGACCUGCCACUGGGAUUAAACAAAGCAUGUGUGUCCAUGUAUGCUGAUGAUUCAACCAUAUAUGCAUCAACAACCACAGCUAAUGAAGUCACUGAAACCCUUAACAAAGAGUUGCAGUCUGUUAUGGAAUGGGUGGCCAGUAAUAAACUGGUCCUGAACAUCUCUAAAACUAAGAGCAUUGUAUUUGGUACAAAUCAUUCCCUAAGUUCUAGACAGCUGGAUCUGGUAAUGAAUGGUGUGGCUGUUGAACAAGUUGAGGAGACUAAAUUACUUGGUGUUACCUUAGAUUGUAAACUGUCAUGGUUGAAACAUAUACAUUCAAUGGUUAUACAGAGAGGGAGAGGUAUGUCCGUAAUAAAUAAUGCUCUGCUUUUUUGACACCACACUCCACAAAGCAAGUCCUGCAGACUCUAGUUUUAUCUUAUCUUUGUUGUCCAGUCAUAUGGUCAAGUGCUGCAAAGAAAGACCUAGUUAAGCUGCAGCUGGACCAGAACAGAGCUGCAUGUAUUGCUCUUCAGUGUAAUCAGAGGCCUAAUAUAAAUACUAUGCAUGCCAGUCUCUCUUGGCUAAGAGUUGAGGAAAGACUGACUGCACAGUUUGAAAGAUAUGGCAAAUAGUAUUCAAACCGGAUGGACAUCAGAAAUAGAUGGGAGAGGUUGAGGGUAGAGGAAGGACAGGAGUAAAAACAAACAAAAUAUAACUAUUGUAAAAUGGACCGUGUCCAUAAAAUGUAUAAAGUAUGUAUAAGCUGGAAGUAGAGGCCUAAGCGUUGUUGUUCACUAGUUUACUCCAAUUAGGGGAGGGGUGGUAGGGUUAGAAAGUAAUAAAGGAAAAUAUAUUUGAAAAAAAAGAUAUGUAUGUAUGCAUGUGUAUAUGUACAGUUGAAGUCGGAAGUUUACAUACACAUAGGUUGGAGUCAUUAAAACCAGUUUUUCAACCACUCCAAAUUUCUUGUUAACAAACUAUAGUUUUGGCAAGUCGGUUAGCACAUCUACUUUGUGCAUGACACAAGUAAUUUUUCCAACAAUUGUUUACAGCCAGGUUAUUUCACUUAUAAUUCUCUGUAUCACAAUUCCAGUGGGUCAGAAGUUUACAUACACUAAGUUGACUGUGCCUUUAAACAGCUUGGAAAAUUCCAGAAAAUGAUGUCAUGGCUUUAGAAGCUUCUGAUAGGCUAAUUGACAUCAUUUGAGUCAAUGGGAGGUGUACCUGUGGAUGUAUUUCAAGGCCUACCUUCAAACUCAGAGCCUCUUUGCUUGACAUCAUGGGAAAAUGAUAAGAAAUCAGCCAAGACCUCAGAAAACAAAUUGUAGACCUCCACAAGUCUGGUUCAUACUUGGGAGCAAUUUCCAAACGCCUGAAGGUACCACGUUCAUCUGUACAAACAAUAGUACGCAAGUAUAAACACCAUGGAACCACGCAGCCGCCAUACCGCUCAGGAAGGAGACGUGUUCUGUCUCCUAGAGAUGAACAUACUUUGGUGCGAAAAGUGCAAAUCAAUCCCAGAACAACAGCAAAGGAUCUUGUGAAGAUGCUGGAGGAAACACGUACAAAAUUAUCUAUAUCCACAGUAGUAAAACAAGUCCUAUAUCGACAUAACCUGAAAGGCCGCUCAGCAAGGAAGAAGCCACUGCUCCAAAACCGCCAUAAAAAAGCCAGACUACGGUUUGCAACUGCACAUGGGGAAAAAUAUCAUACUUUUUGGAGAAAUGUCCUCUGGUCUGAUGAAACAAAAAUAGAACUGUUUGGCCAUAAUGACCAUCGUUAUGUUUAGAGGAAAAAGGGGGUUGCUCGCAAGCCGAAGAACACCAUCCCAACCGUGAAGCACGGGGGUGGCAGCAUCAUGCUGUGGGGGUGCUUUGCUGCAGGAGGGACUGGUGCACUUCACAAAAUAGAUGGAAUCAUGAGGAAGGAAAAUUAUGUGGAUAUAUUGAAGCAACAUCUCUAGACAUCAGUCAGGAAGUUAAAGCUUGGUCGCAAAUAGGUCUUCCAAAUGGACAAUGACCCCAAGCAUACUUCCAAAGUUGUGGCAAAAUGGCUUAAGGACAACAAAGUCAAGGUAUUGGAGUGGCCAUCACAAAGCCCUGACCUCAAUCCUAUAGAACAUUUGUGGGCAGAACUGAAAAAGCGUGUGCGAGCAAGGAGGCCUACAAACCUGACUCAGUUACACCAGCUCUGUCAGGAGGAAUGGGCCAAAAUUCACCCAACUUAUUGUAGGAAGCUUGUGGAAGGCUACCCGAACGUUUGACCCAAGUUAAACAAUUUAAAGGCAAUGCUACCAAAUACUAAUGGAGUGUAUGUAAACUUCUGACCCACUGGGAAUGUGAUGAAAGAAAUAAAAGCUGAAAUAAAUCAUUCUCUCUACUAUUAUUCUGACAUUUCACAUUCUUAAAAUAAAGUGGUGAUCCUAACUGACCUAAGACAGGGAAUCUUUACGAGGAUUAAAUGUCAGGAAUUGUGAAAAACUGAGUUUAAAUGUAUUUGGCAAAUGUGUAUGUAAACUUCUGACUUCAACUAUGUAUUUAUAUGUGUGUAUGUACAGUACCAGUCAAAAGUUUGGACACACCUAUUCAUUCGAGGGUUUUUCUUUAUUUUUACUAUUUACUAAAUUCAUGUAGUAACCAAAAAAGUGUUAAACAAAUCAAAAUAUAUUUUAUAUUUGAGAUUCUUCAAAUAGCCAUCCUUUGUCUUGAUGACCGCUUUGCACACUCUUGGCAUUCUCUCAACCAGCUUCAUGAGGUAGUCACCUGGAAUGCAUUUCAAUUAACAAGUGUGCCUUCUUAAAUGUUAAUUUGUGGAAUCUCUUUCCUUCUUAAUGCGUUUGAGCCAAUCAGUUAUGUUGUGACAAGGUAGGGGGGGUAUACAGAAGAUAGCCCUAUUUGGUAAAAGACCAAGUCCAUAUUAUGGCAAGAACAGCUCAACUAAGCAAAGAGAAAUGACAGUCCAUCAUUACUUUAAGACAUGAAGGUCAGUCAAUACGGAAAAUAUCAAGAACUUUUAAAGUUUCUUCAAGUGCUGUCGCAAAAAACAUCAAGCUCUCACUGGAAAGGAAGACCCAGAGUUACCUCUGCUGCAGAGGAUACGUUCAUUAGAGUUAACUGCACCUCAAAUUGCAGGCCAAAUAAAUGCUUCACAGAGUUCAAGUAACAGACACAUCUCAACAUCAACUGUUCAGAGGAGACUGCAUGGAUCAGACCUUCAUGGUCGAAUUGCUGCAAAGAAACCACUACUAAAGGACAACAAUAAGAAGAGACUUGCUUGGGCCAAGAAACACGCGCAUUGGACAUUAGACUGGUGGAAAUCUGUCCUUUGGUCUGAGUUAUUUCAUAGUUUUGAUGUCUUCACUAUUAUUCUACAAUGUAGAAAAUAGUACAAAUAAAGAAAUACCCUUGAAUGAGUAGGUGUGUCCAAACUUUUGACUGGUACAGUAUGUAAAUUGUAAAGUAUUUUGUUUGUAAUGUAUUUUUCGUUAUGUGUUGGACCCCAGUAAGUCUAGCUGUCGCCAAUGGUGUCAGCUAAUGGGGAUCCUAAUAAAUCAAAUCAAAUAUAUUAUUCGGCUCCCGCGUCUGUUAGUCAUUGGUUUCCUUGAACAGAAAGUAGCAUGUACAUUUUUCUUGUGCACAACCUCUUAUGUACAUUAUAAGUAAAGCAUUUGUUUUGUCGUAACAUCACCAUGUUGCCAUAAUAUUUUCCAUAAUGUUUGUGUAAAGUGGGCUAUCUGAUGUUGUGUUGGAUCAAUGCGCAAAUGUUCUUCAGUUCAUUGAAUCAAUCAAUAAUUUGCUUUCAACAUUGUAAUGUAACUACCGGUAGUUGUCUUACAUUACGUUUGGAUUGAAUUAGCAAAAUGAUAUUCAGCUUCCUGUAUUUUUUAUUCUAGUAUAUCAUUUAGCCAGGGUUCAAUUGAAAACAUAGACGCACCCUUUUUCUAAUUACAAACCUGCAUUUGUUGAAGUGAUUUAUAUUUCACUUAGUAGAGGGUCUCAACUUGACCCACCACCCGCUUUGUGGCUAUGAAUAGACAUUGGUGGGGGCAGGCUUUGGUGACUUCACAUUUUUGGAGAGAAGGGAAAAGUCAAGCCACUACUGUGAAGAACUACAUUUGAGCAUAAUGAUUAAACUUCAAUUAUUCUACUUCCAUAUGUCUCAUGUUCUCUCUCUCUCUAUCCAAAGCCAUACAUAGGUAAGCUGUAUUUAUCGGACUCCAGCUCUCUCUUUUCUCUCUGUGAUUAGUGUUGGCGGACGAGGUGCCCUAUGCGGAUGAAGAAGAGGGGGAGCAGUUUGAGUUUGACGACAGUGGGGAUGAGGCCCCUAAGGCAGACCGGCCGCCCCUUGCUCCUCCAGCCCCAGACUACAGGGCCCAGGGCCAGGCCCAGGUCAAUGGUGUGGCCCUUCACCCACAGCAGGAAGGACCAUACCCCCAGCCCUCCAACCCGGAGCCCCCAGCAGCAGCAGCGACAUCUGACACAGCUCCAGUGGCAGCAGCACCGGAAGCUCCAGUAGCCAUGGCCACAACAGACACAGUGGCAGCAGCACUGGAAGCUCCGGUAGCCAUGGCCACAACAGACACAGUGGCAGCAGCACUGAAAGCUCCGGUAUCCAUGGCCACAACAGACACAGUGGCAGCAGCACCGGAAGCUCCAGUAGCCAUGGCCACAACAGACACAGUGGCAGCAGCACUGAAAGCUCCGGUAGCCAUGGCCACAACAGACACAACAGCUCCAGUGGCAGCAGCAGAAGGGGACAAGGCUUCAUCAGUCCCAGUCCCAGCUGACACAGACAGUGAUUUACCCCCUCCUCCACCUCCAGAGGACUCCACUCCUGUAGGCACAGACUCUGUUAACACAGGUUAGUGAAAACAACUAUUCCGUUUUCUUCUUUAGCACCUGGAUGUCUGAGGAUGGAUCCUCUGUCUCACUGUAGACUAAACAUACACAAAUAAUGUACCACCACAACCAUAUCAUUGCUCCACACUGAGUGGGUGCUGUACAGUAGAUGGUGUCAUGCAGUCCAUCCUAAGCACAUGUUGUAUUACCUCAUUCUGACACAUGCUCCAUGUCAGGCUGGAAUAGACAUUAGUGUAGUGGAGCCCUGCCUGUCUCUCUCCUGACGCCUGAUAUCACUGGCUGGCUGGUUCAGGGUGGCUCCUGACAUUCAUCACACACAGCUUGACUCCACCAGGACACUACCACUCUCUCUAUCAGACUCUCAGUCAGAGGAGAGAGGCCCACCCUACUACCCCAUCACCCCAGUUAGACUCACCCCACAUUUCAACUAGAGACUCCAACAACCUCUUGCGAACACAUACAUUCCAAGCUCUUUCCUCUCUCUAGCACUCACUGCCCAAGUUGCUGUGUCUCUCCCCCUCUGACAAUUACAACCCAGUCCAAUUGCGAGUCCAGGCCCCUCUCCUCUCCAGUGGCUGACCAGUAGUGUUUACCCUGCAGCUUAUGUGUCUGUAGUGGGUGUAUGGUGAUUUAUCUCCUCUGACCCCAGGGCCUGAGACGAGCUCGCUCAUAUAUCUAUCUCAUCUCUCUCUGAUCUCACUAUGAUAUAGCUAAGAGUGAGAUACGGAUCAUCACGCAAUAGAGAGAUCUAGUGAUGGAUCCGCGUAGUCGAGCCGAUAGAUAGAUAUAGCGAUAAUACUAUAUAUAGAUAGUCGAGUAUCUAUAUCUAGUAUGAUGAGAAUAUCUCUAUCUCUCUCUCUCUACUCCUCUCUUCUCUCUCUCCCUCUCUCGCUCUCUCUCUCUCUCUCUCUCUCUCUCUCCUCUCUCUCUCUCUCUCUCUGCUGUAAAGACACUUCUGUCUGAUUGAUUGAAAGCUUAAGAGAGGGAAGGCUCACAGGCUGAGAUUUGAAGUAGUGGCAGUUAAAUGUUUAUCUACCUGCUGUAAAUCACAGUAUUCUUCUUCAGUGUUCUGCAAUGAUCGAAAGUUGGAGUGCUUAGUCACCUAACCAAUGAUAGACAUGAUGUGGUAUCAUCAAAUUCCACUUAUGGAAUUUUAUGGCAGUACUUUUUAGUAUUUUGCAAUUGUGCAAAGUAAUCUGAUAACAAAUUAGUUCCAGCACAUUCAGAGCAGUGUGUAGCUGUGUUGUAUUGAUGGGGAUCAUUUGGGGCUAACAGUACUGUGUGUUACAUUUCCAUUGCAGAUAAGGAAGUGUCCAGUGAUGACCCUCCCCCAGCCACCCCCAGGACCACCUCCCAGAAGAAAGUCAACCCCUACUCUGUGAUUGACAUCACCCCCCUCCAACUACAGCAGCUGGAGCAGCAGCAUGGGCCCGUCGCUUCCUCACCGGUUGAGAGGGUGGGAGGAGAGGGGGAGAAGGAGGGUGAGGGCCAGGAUGUUCCCCCCGCCAGCCCCCCCUGUGUCCCCCCGGGCUACUCUGUGCCCGUGCCCUGUGGGUACGCCACCCCCUCUGGUGUGCCCCUCAUCACGCCAGCCUACACCACGCCCGUCAUCAUCCGACACUUCUCCGUGGACGAGGACGGUAAAGGAAGAACACAUCAAUGGUGGAAAUAUGUAGAAUUAGAAGGAUUUUAACAGCCAUUCCUACCAUUCCUUCUACUCUGUUCUGCAUUCAUAUUGCAAACCUCAGACUAUCAUGAUGUGAUGCGUUUGAUAUAGUGUUCCUACAAUGAACAGAGCACUGAAAAGUAGGAACAGAGCACUGAAAAUAUGUGGUGGGCACUGUUCAAACGUAUCAUUCAAUCUUGUUAGUGGAAUUCCCCCGUCCUCUCCCCCUUCUUCACCACUGACUUUGGGAUGAGAGGCCAUGACACAUGCAUGCUCUGUACUCCCAACAAAUAUUUCCUCUCCUUUCUUCGCAUUUUCAAUGUUUUCCUAAAACCUUGCCUCAGGAAGUGGGGACUAAAUUUAGCCGCUCGCUAAACUCUGUGUUGGCUUUGAGGAUUUUCCUGUUUUCUCUUUAAUGUUACAGUAGUAGUUAAAUGUGUGCCUUGGCCAGUCUGAGGGGAAAUUGCAGUGUAAUUAAGCUACUCAACAUGUCACAGAGGGUCACUCCUAUUUUAUAGUAUUUUAAAAGGUAUAUUCUACAGUUGAAAUGUUAUCACAUUGACUGAUUGUUCCAAUAUACUGUAAGGCUUUUCUGUUGGAAAUAUUCUGUGACAUGUAAGCCUAUCAUUGCGGAUAAUAUGUGAGAAUGUAUUAGAUAUCAGUUUAUCAUUGCCGUUUUUUGAAUGAGCAAUCUAAUCUGAGGUCCUUAUCAAUCAAUUUCAGGUCUUAUUUUUAUCUCUUAAAUGCAAGUUUAGUUUCAGUGGUGGCUGCCCCCUGGUGGCAGUACAUAAGGUUUAGCGCAAACUGCUAAUUGUAUGUAAUGUUAGGGAAGGAGUCAUCAGUGUUGAUUUUUGUUCUCUCUCUCUCCCUCCAGAUACUGUGGUGGGGACAGGCAACAUUUCUGUUGACAUGUGAGUGACUCGCCUGCCAGGAUCUUUCUUCACUGAUCUGCUUUAUCUCAUCUAGACUGGAGUUGAUCUGCCAGAAUUUGUGAUGAAGUGGAUUCUUGCUUAUUUGCGUUGGAAUAGCAGAUGGUUAUGAUUUCUCUAUUUUAUUCAAAUGUCUGCAGUGAAGAGUAUCCUGCCAUCAGAGAGGAGGAUGCUUUGUCUAAAUGGGUGUCGGACCCUGCAAACACAGCCUGGAUGGAAAGUAAGUACUCAUCCUCUUCUCAUUUCCCAAUGAGAAAUACCUUUCUGCAAUUUUCUGUUUAUUUUACUUUCCUGUUUCCAUUUGUAUUUACCUAGUUUAUACUUUUUGGUCUGCUUGGAACACAACAGGACAGGGAUUGUAAGGUUCUGAGUCCAUCCUGAAUCUGUCCCGUUCACAAUGCAUGACUACACAGUGGUGUUCUUUUUAUUCUUGACUCAAGUGAAUUUCCAGACACUUCCUUCCUCUAGCUCCUUUUGAGGAACCGGGCCCUUGUGGGGUCUCUCCUCUUGACUUCCCUGAGACUGAAUCCUGUCCGUUGUGUGAAGAUUUAUUUCAAAUUGAGACCUUGUUAAUUCAAACAUGGUUGCGUUGUCAUUUAGAUCCAGAUGAAGUAAUUUAUGAUGAUGUGCCCAGAGAGAACUCUGACUCCACUACAGGUUAGUGCUGUAUUCCUUCUUUUUUGUCUUUCUAUUCUGUCUUUCUUUCUUUCAGUUUUUCAUUGUACUGUCGUUCCUCUUUUCCACAGCGUCAGGGUACUUCUGCAUAUUAAUGUCUUUACCUCUUUUGCAUUUAUAAAACAUAAUGUACUGAAAUUAUUCAUCAGAUACAUUUUAUGUGCCCUUAAGCAAACUGUGUUAGGCUAUACAAUGUUCAGUUGAUGCACUAGAAAUGGCAUAUAGAAUUCAUGCCAAGGAAUCUGAUCUAAAUAUGGUCAGGCUAACUUACUGUAUGUGAAUACAAAUUGCACCAUUGCAGUUUAAAAUAUAUUUCACCCUGAUUUGAAUGCUGUUCCCCUUGAUUUUAACCCUUUCCCUUCCAUCCCUCAGAGCCAGACGAGAUGAUCUAUGACGAUGUGGAGUUAGGAGAGGAGGGCUGCGGCAGCUCCCUGGACAACGGUUGGAGCUCCAGCGAGUUUGAGAGCUAUGACGAGCAGAGUGACGGGGAGGGCCGCGGGGAGAAUGGCCUGCCUGACGCCUUCAUGAGAGGGAAGCCCCCACAAAGGAAGACCCAUGUGUGUAAACUAAACACCUUACCCCCUCUGUCUACAGACCUGUCCGUCUGGGGAGGGAAGAGAAGGGUGAAGAGGGGGAAUAUACUAUGCUAGAGGAAGGGGAUUAUAUGUACUAUGGGGAGUAGAAGAUUGAGAGAGGAUAUGAAGGAUAUGUGUCUCAUCUGGAUUCACCAGGAGAUGCACAAAGCUGCAGAUGGACGCCACAGAACAACAGACUCUAAAGAAGGAUACACUCUUAGAAAAAAAGGUUAUAUCUAGAACAGUGGAGGCUGGUGGUAGGAGCUAUAGGAGGACGGUCUCAUUGUAAUGGCUGGAAUGGAAUUAAUGGAACAGUAUCAAACAAAUCAAGCAUAUGGAAACCACAUGUUUGACUCCGUUCCAUUUAUUCCAUUCCAGCCAUUACAAUGAGCUCGACCUCCUAUAGCUCCUCCCACCAGCCUCCACUGAUCUAGAACCUAAAAUGGUUAUUUGGCUGUCCCCAUAGGAGAACCCUUUGAAGAACCCUUUUGAUUCCAGGUAGAACCCUUUUGGGUUCCAUGAAGAACCCUUUCCACAGAGGGUUCUACCUGAAACCAAAAAGGGUUCUACCUUGAACCAAAAAGGGUUCUCCUAUGGGGACAGCCGGAGAACCCUUUUGGAACCCUUUUUUCUAAGAGUGUCGUUUAUUUCAGCAUCUUGAACAUAUGAGGAAGCAGAAGCAGUGGCACACAGUGAAUGUAUAAUAAAAUACAAUAUCCAGUUAAACAGAAGAUGAGUAAAUAUUUGACAUCCUCAUAUUUAAAAUGAAAAAUACUUCAGCUAAUGUUAAUACACAUUUUUAUACACUAGGAUUAUUCUUGUCUUCCGGCUGCACAUGUUAUUACUAAGCUCUCUGUAAUAUACAGUUCAUUUGUAUAUUUGGUUUUGAAUUGAACGGCCUGCUUGUUCUUUCAGCCCAGAGGUCUUGCCAGGGAAGUCUCAGUGUUAUAACUCCGCUGGCUGCACAAAGUGACUGCUUGGCUUCUGUGGCAGAGAUUGGCCCUGUUAAAGGUAGACUCAGCGAAGUGACAUUGCCACGAGCAGCACCGCAGAUAUUGCGAUGAGCGAGAUGCAAGACUUUCUCAGAGUCAUGCAUAGUAUCUGCGCAUGUGAAUGUUCGCUUCACGCUGUUAGAGCGUGGUAGGUACGGGACCAAAACAGCAGAGAAGGUUAACCUUGCGCUUCAACGCUCUUAGCUGUUUGCUGAAAUUGACCCACUAAGCUUUGUGCAUCUACAUCAUAUCGCUGAGUCUACCUUUAAGAAUAAUAUGUGGGUCGGGAGACAAAAUAUGGGUGAGGAGGCAAUGCCUUAGCUGUGGUGAGGGUGGGCGGAUUGGGGUGAGGGGCAUGAUCUUCUCUGGCUGACCACCUUCAAAGGAUCCGUCUGGUAACGCGUCAAAUGCUCUGCUUUUGUUUAGCUUUCUCAAGAUCUGACACGCUUGAAAGAACUCUAUGAGAAAAAGAUGAAAGAUCUUAUGGCAAGUACAGUGGGAACGGUAGAGCUACAGCAGAUAAAACAGAAACACGAGCAGAAGGUAAAUGUCCUCAACAUGGUCGGUGUCUGUCUUCACCCUCCGCUAGACAAAAUAGAGCCUCCUCAACCUCCUUAACCCCUCCCUCACUGUGUCUCGCACCGACUGAUUCAGACCUAGUUUCCCUUCAUCCUGCUCUUAUGUCUGGUGGUGAGUUUGUCUCUACUGCAUUGACAUGUGCCAACUGUAUGGGUGUUGAGGCAACUGCAUCUCCUAAGUGACAUGCCUUUAGUUCUACAGCGUACUGAGACACCAGUGCAGCUGAGUUGUGUGUAGGCCUGGACAGGAGGUCCGUACAGGUUCAUUUUAGUCCACUCAUUGAAUAAUGAUGCUACAGAACAUUUUCAAACAAAUCUAUAAAAAAAAGAUAGAGUUAUGAAGUUAUACUUUUCAGCAGAGGGUUGUAGCAGUCCAGGUAAAUCUUCUGAGACCCUACCCUGGCUAAUGAAAGAGCCUCUAAACUACUGACAUUCCCUAUUUACAGGUCUCACAUAGAGAGAUUACAGUUAAGUACACGUCACUUCUAGCCCUUAUGCAUUUGUGAAAAUCCUUUAAUUUAGAUUGACUCAGUUCAGCUGCUGUCACAGUUGCUGUCUUGCUCUGGUCCACCCUGCUCUCCCUGAGGUCCUGCUCCUGUAUUUACAUGAGCUGUCAUAUUCCCUUCUCUUCUAACACAGUUCCUAUAUCAUCCCCUAAGAACUUCAGUAGCAUGCUGUUCUCUCUGUCUGCUCUGAGUGCUAUUUACUGUUGUUGAUGCUACCUGAAGAUGCAAAAGCUGGUGAAGGCAGCGAGAGACGGGACCAAAGACGGCUUGGAGAAGACCAAAGCAGCAGUGAAAAGGGGACGGUCGUAUAUCAAGACCCACUGUCAUGGUAAGCGUAAGAACAGAACAUGGACUAUGGUUCUUAGUGCACACUAGUCAGUUAAUUACACUAGUGUAUCUGGGAUAAAUUGCAAGCACUUUACAUUGUAACAGAGGAAUCAUCCACUAACAAUGUGUAUUAACCUCCUGGGUGAUGCUGAUCUGAUUUAAGCUGACCUCCUCUCUCCUGUUUAUCUCAGAGAGGAAGUCAACCUGUUUUGAGGAUGAGGAGUCGGAGCUCUUCAUCGAAGUGGAAUGCUUCAACAUGGAGCCAGUGCUCAGUCCCGUCCCUGAAGGGCUCUCACAACAACAGGUGGUGAGGAGGUGUAUACUGGGCUCCAUAUUAGAGAGUGAGAAGAACUAUCUUGAUGCACUGAAGCGGAUUUUAGAGGUAUGUUAUUUUACAGUUUAUACAUUUCAUAUAGAAUUUCUCUGAUUUCCUCCAGGAAAAUAUUUCCUACCACCCACAUCCUUAUAAUCCUUAUCCUCUCUCCUAUCAGCAAUAUGAAAAGCCACUUUUGGAGAUUGAGCCCAGGUUGCUAAGCGAUAGGAAGCUGAAGGUGACGUUCUAUCGUAUCCGGGAGAUUCUCCAGUGCCACGCCCUGUUCCAGAUCGCCCUGGCGUGCCGCGUGGCCGAGUGGGACAGUCUGGAGAUGAUUGGGGAUGUCUUUGUAGCCUCGGUGGGUUGGUGGACAAGUGUAGGAAGGAUUUAGUGCUGGGGAACCUACUGUAGGAAGGAUUCAGUUCCUAAUGUUUCACUUUUAAGAUGGCUGGAAGAGUAAACCAUUUGACAGUGGUCAUAUGGUCAAAACUAGUGGACAGAAACAUUCCUUUACUCACACAAUAUCCUGUACUGUGCUUCACCAUUGAACACAACACUGACUGAAGCGAUAGUGAAAGUUUACCAUGACUCAUUAGUCCCAUGACUGCACACACACACACACACACACACACACACACACACACACACACACACACACACACACACACACACACACACACACACACACACACACACAUAGCUGCACUGGGUUCUUGGAGGAAGUGCUCCACCCUGGUGUCUCCGCUGCCUAGCAACCCGGUCAGGGGUCUUCAAACAAAGACUCCCCCAGUAACCCCAGUCCUCCCUCUUCCUGAGGUUUUUACUGACCCCUAACCCCUGGCACCACAACACAGGAGCAGGACACAGCAUAUGUUACCCAUGUGCUGUGUGCCUCCUUCCCUACUGUCCUCCCUCUCUUAUCCCUUGCCAGAAACACCCAUCAUAACACACUGCCCAACUAACAGCUUAUUUUGGCCCUAGGAAGCCCCAUUCCUUUGUCUGGAUCCAGGUUGAUUCCAUUCCUGACUGUGAUUGUAUUGGACUCGUAUGAGGUGUUAAUGGCUUGCUCUCUCCCCUUUCUGUCUCUCUCUCUCUAUAUAUCUGGGUCCCAGUUCUCCAAGUCCAUGGUGCUGGACGCCUACUGUGAGUAUGUGAACAACUUCAGCACAGCCAUGGCGGUGGUCAGGAAGACGUGUGCCUCCAAACCCAGCUUCCUAGACUUCCUCAAGGUCAGUCAGAGCACCACUGUAAAUAUACAGUUGAAGUUGGAAGUUUACAUACACUUAGGUUGGAGUCAUUAAAACUUGUUUUUUCAACCACUCCACAAAUUUCUUGUUAACAAACUAUAGUUUUGGCAAGUCGGUUAGGAAAUCUACUUUGUGCAUGACACAAGUAAUCUUUCCAGCAAUUGUUUACAGACAAAUUAUUUCACUUAUAAUUCACUGUAUCACAAUUCCAGUGGGUCAGAAGUUUACAUUCACUAAGUUGACUGUGCCUUUUAAACAGCUUGGAAAAUUCCAGAAAAUGAUGUCAUGGCUUUAGAAGCUUCUGAUAGGCUAAUUGACAUCAUUUGAGUCAAUUGGAGGUGUACCUGUGGAUGUAUUUCAAGGCCUACCUUCAAACUCAGUGCCUCUUUGCUUGACAUCAUGGGAAAAUCAAAAGAAAUCAGCCAAGACCUCAGAAAAAUAAUUGUAGACCUCCACAAGUCUGAUUCAUCUUUGGGAGCAAUUUCCAAACGCCUGAAGGUACCACGUUCAUCUGUACAAACAAUAGUACGCAAGUAUAAACACCAUGGGAUCACGCAGCCAUCAUACCGCUCAGGAAGGAGACGCGUUCUGUCUCCUAGAGAUGAACGUACUUUGGUACGAAAAGUGCACAUCAAUCCCAGAACAACAGCAAAGGACCUUGUGAAGAUGCUGGAGGAAACAGGUACAAAAGUAUCUACAGUGGGGAAAAAAAGUAUUUAGUCAGCCACCAAUUGUGCAAGUUCUCCCACUUAAAAAGAUGAGAGGCCUGUAAUUUUCAUCAUAGGUACACGUCAACUAUGACAGACAAAAUGAGAGAAAAAAAAUCCAGAAAAUCACAUUGUAGGAUUUUUUAUGAAUUUAUUUGCAAAUUAUGGUGGAAAAUACGUAUUUGGUCAAUAACAAAAGUUUUUCAAUACUUUGUUAUAUACCCUUUGUUGGCAAUGACACAGGUCAAACGUUUUCUGUAAGUCUUCACAAGGUUCUCACACACUGUUGCUGGUAUUUUGGCCCAUUCCUCCAUGCAGAUCUCCUCUAGAGCAGUGAUGUUUUGGGGCUGUCGCUGGGCAACACAGACUUUCAACUCCCUCCAAAGAUUUUCUAUGGGGUUGAGAUCUGGAGACUGGCUAGGCCACUCCAGGACCUUGAAAUGCUUCUUACGAAGCCACUCCUUCGUUGCCCGGGCGGUGUGUUUGGGAUCAUUGUCAUGCUGAAAGACCCAGCCACGUUUCAUCUUCAAUGCCCUUGCUGAUGGAAGGAGGUUUUCACUCAAAAUCUCACGAUACAUGGCCCCAUUCAUUAUUUCCUUUACACGGAUCAGUCGUCCUGGUCCCUUUGCAGAAAAACAGCCCCAAAGCAUGAUGUUUAAACCCCCAUGCUUCACAGUAGGUAUGGUGUUCUUUGGAUGCAAUUCAGCAUUCUUUGUCCUCCAAACACGACGAGUUGAGUUUUUACCAAAAAGUUCUAUUUUGGUUUCAUCUGACCAUUUGACAUUCUCCCAAUCCUCUUCUGGAUCAUCCAAAUGCACUCUAGCAAACUUCAGACGGGCCUGGACAUGUACUGGCUUAAGCAGGGGGACACGUCUGGCACUGCAGGAUUUGAGUCCCUGGCGGCGUAGUGUGUUACUGAUGGUAGGCUUUGUUACGUUGGUCCCAGCUCUCUGCAGGUCAUUCACUAGGAUUUUUGCUCACCGUUCUUGUGAUCAUUUUGACCCCACGGGGUGAGAUCUUGCGUGGCGCCCCAGAUCGAGGGAGAUUAUCAGUGGUCUUGUAUGUCUUCUAUUUCCUAAUAAUUGCUCCCACAGUUGAUUUCUUCAAACCAAGCUGCUUACCUAUUGCAGAUUCAGUCUUCUCAGCCUGGUGCAGGUCUACAAUUUUGUUUCUGGUGUCCUUUGACAGCUCUUUGGUCUUAGCCAUAGUGGAGUUUGGAGUGUGACUGUUUGAGGUUGUGGACAGGUGUCUUUUAUACUGAUAACAAGUUCAAACAGGUGCCAUUAAUACAGGUAACGAGUGGAGGACAGAGGAGCCUCUUAAAGAAGAAGUUACACGUCUGUGAGAGCCAGAAAUCUUGCUUGUUUGUAGGUGACCAAAUAUGUAUAUACACAGUAAAACGAGUCCUACAUCGACAUAACCUGAAAGGCGGCUCAGCAAGGAAGAAGCCACUGCUCCAAAACCGCCAUAAAAAAGGCAGACUAUGGUUUGCAACUGCACAUGGGGACAAAGAUCGUACUUUUUGGAGAAAUGUCCUCUGUUCUGAUGAAACAAAUAUAGAACUGUUUGGCCAUAAUGACCAUCGUUAUGUUUGGAGGAAAAAGGGGGUUUCUUGCAAGCCGAAGUACAUCAUCCCAACCGUGAAGCACGGGGGUGGCAGCAUCAUGCUGUGGGGGUGCUUUGCUGCAGGAGGGACUGGUGCACUUCACAAAAUAGAUGGCAUCAUGAGGAAGUAAAAUUAUGUGAAUAUUUUGAAGCAACAUCUCAAGACAUCUGUCAGGAAGUUAAAGCUUGGUUGCAAAUGGGUCUUCCAAAUGGACAAUGAUCCCAAGCAUACUUCCAAAGUUGUGGCAAAAUGGCUUAAGGACAACAAAGUCAAGGUAUUGGAGUGGCCAUCACAAAGCCCUGACCUCAAUCCUAUAGAAAAUGUAUGGGCAGAACUGAAAAAGCGUGUGCGAGAAAGGAGGCCUACAAACCUGACUCAGUUACACCAGCUCUGUCCGGAGGAAUAGGCCAAAAUUCACCCAACUUAUUGUGGGAAGCUUGUGGAAGGCUACCCGAACGUUUGACCCAAGUUAAACAAUUUAAAGGCAAUGCUACCAAAUACUAAUGGAGUGUAUGUAAACUUCUGACCCACUGGGAAUGUGAUGAAAGAAAUAAAAGCUGAAAUAAAUCAUUCUCUCUACUAUUAUUCUGACAUUUCACAUUCUUAAAAUAAAGUGGUGAUCCUAACUGACCUAAGACAGGGAAUUAAAUGUCAGGAAUUGUGAAAAACUGAGUUUAAAUGUAUUUGGCUAAGGUGUAUGUAAACUUCCGACUUCGACUGUAGGUCUUUUUUAAAAUAUGCUCUUGUGAAAAUACAGAGAUACAGCUGUGCAGAAUGUGAUUUCAGACUGAACAAAAGUACUUUGUGGUGCUGUAUUGAUUGUCCUGCACUGCAUCAAUCAGUAAUCAUUGAUUGUCCUUCUCUCUCUCCACAGCAUCGUCAGGACACCAGCAGUGACCGGGUCACUCUCUAUGGACUCAUGAUGAAGCCCAUCCAGAGAUUCCCUCAGUUCAUUCUGCUGCUGCAGGUAUCUAUUUCACUGUAACGUCCACACUUAGCUCCUAGAAUAAAUAUUACACUCAUCUACCAGCAGAGUGUGCCACAUACUCACUACCAAAGAGCUCAAACUGCACUACGCAGGGAGAUUGCUGUGUAGUGUGCAUACUCUUGGGAAAUCAUUUCUGCUCCAGGUGCUUCAAAUUAUAUCCUCACACAUAAUUGUUAUGACUGAGGAUAAUCUUUAAGACUGCCCAUUGGCCUUCUGAAAGAAGCUGAAUAGUUUUAAACUGCCACUGUAUGCCACUGUAGAGAUGAUCUGGAUAUGAUCUGUGCUCUGUAAUAUUCUGAAUGUGUUAUCUCUCCAUGCUGUAUGGCAGGACAUGUUGAAGAACACCCCAGCAGGUCACAGUGACAGGCUGCCCCUACAGAUGGCCCUGACAGAACUGGAGACCCUGGCUGAGAAGCUCAAUGAGAAGAAGAUGGAGGCUGACCAGCGCUGUGAGAUCAGACACAUAGCCAAGGCUAUGAAUGAACGCUACCUCAACAAGGUAUUGCUCUGGCACACACACACACACACACACACACACACACACACAAUUACACUCACUCACACCAUCACACACACACACACAGUUUUGUAUAACUAACCUUGUGGGGACACACAAUUCAUUUCCAUUCAAAAUCCUAUUUUCCAUAACCCUAACCUUAUCCCUACAGUGCAUUCGGAAAGUAUUCAGACCCCUUGACUUUUUCCACAUUUUGUUACGUUAUAGCCUUAUUCAGAAAUUGAUGAAAUAUAUAAUUUUUUCAUCAAACCACACACAAUACCCCAUAAUGACGAAGUGAAAACAGGUUUUUAGAAAUUUGGAGUCCACCUGUGGUACAUUCAAUGUAUUGGACAUGAUUUGGAAAGGCACACACCUGUCUAUACAAGCUUGUAGCGUCAUACCCAAGAAGACUCAAGGCUGUAAUCGCUGCCAAACAAAGUACUGAGUGAAGGGUCUGAGUACUUACAUAAAUGUGAUAUUUCCAUUUUAAUUUUUCAUAAAUUUGCAAACAAAAAUAAAAACCUGUUUUUGCUUUGUCAUUAUGGGGUAUUGUGUUUAGAUUGGUGAGGGGAAAAAAACACAAUUUAAUCCAUUUUAGAAUAAGGCUGUAAUGUAACAAAAUGUGGAAAAAGUGAAGGGGUCUGAAUACUUUUUCGAAUGCACUGUAACCCUAAACCUAACCCUAGCUCCUAACACAAAUUCUAACCUUAACCCUAAACCCCCUAGAAAUAGCAUUUGACCUUGUGGGGACUAACAAAAUGUCCCCAGUUUGUUUACUAUUCUUGUGGGGACUUCUGGUCCACAUAAGUAUAGUUUAACAUGUCCACACACACCAUUGAUCUUCUUCAGACUAUAGGGGUUCAGUGUAUGUCCUCUAUUACUUGAUGAUAUUUUAAUGUUUAAACAGAUUGUUUCUUCUGUUGUGUGGGUGUUGAGGCCUUGACUGUAUAUGCUUCACAUUCUUUACUGAGAAUCCAGCUAUCCACAAAUCUGGCAAUAUAUAGGAGAUGGCUCAGAGCCUGAUACGGAGGCAUAACAUCAAUAUUCCCUACUGUAUAAUUAUUUGUCUGUUUGUCUGCCCACGAGCAAACAGCCACCCCAUGGCAUCUAUAUUUUAUGGAUGUGUAUAUGCUGCAAAGUGCAUUAACUGUAACUAAAAGCACACUUAUCUGUAAACUGUAUGUGCUUAUAAUAGUAUGUGUACAGUCGUGGUCAAAAGUUUUGAGAAUGACACAAAUACUAAUUUUCACAAAGUCUGCUGCCUCAGUUUUGAUGAUGGCAAUUUGUCUAGGUCCAAAAGGCUCGUUAACAGCUUUUACCCCCAAGCCAUAAGACUGCUGAACAAUUAAUCAAAUGGCCACCCGGACUAUUUACAUUGACACACAAGAAAGUCCAGUAAGCGCCAGGACCGUCUCCUAAAGUUGAUUCAGCUGCGGGAUCAGGGCACCACCAGUGCAGAGCUUGCUCAGGAAUGGCAGCAGGCAGGUGUGAGUGCAUCUGCACGCACAGUGAGGCGAAUACUUUUGGGGGAUGACCUGGUGUCAAGAAGGGCAGCAAAGAAGCCACUUUUCUCCAGGAAAAACAUCAGGGACAGACUGAUAUUCUGCAAAAGGUACAGGGAUUGGACUGCUGAGGACUGGGGUAAAGUCAUUUUCUCUGAUGAAUCCCCUUUCCGAUUGUUUGGGGCAUCCGGAAAACACCUUGUCCGGAGAAGACAAGGUGAGCGCUACCAUCAGUCCUGUGUCAUGCCAACAGUAAAGCAUCCUGAGACCAUUCAUGUGUGGGGUUGCUUCUCAGCCAAGGGAGUGGGCUCACUCACAAUUUUGCCUGAGAACACAGCCAUGAAUAAAGAAUGGUACCAACACAUCCUCCGAGAGCAACUUCUCCCAACCAUCCAAGAACAGUUUGGUGACGACCAAUGCCUUUCCAGCAUGAUGGAGCACCUUGCCAUAAGGCAAAAGUGAUAACUAAAAACAUCGACAUUUUGGGUCCAUGGCCAGGAAACUCCCCAGACCUUAAUCCCAUUGAGAACUUGUGGUCGAUCCUCAAGAGGCAGGUGGACAAACAAAAACCCAAAAAUUCGGACAAACUCCAAGCAUUGAUUAUGCAAGAAUGGGCUGCCAUCAGUCAGGAUUUGGCCCAGAAGUUAAUUGACAGCAUGUCAGGGCGGAUUGCAGAGGUCUUGAAAAAGAAGGGUCAACACUGCAAAUAUUGACUCUUUGCAUAAACUUAAUGUAAUUGUCAAUAAAAGCUUGUAAUUACACUUCAGUAUACCAUAGUAACAUCUGACAAAAAUAUCUCAUAACACUGAAGCAGCGAACUUUGUGAAGACCAAUACUUGUCAUUCUCAAAACUUUUGACCACGACUGUAUAUUCUAAACUAACUAAAUGGUAUCUUCAUAUUAAUUUCACCCUUGACACGGUCCAGACUAAAAAGCUAUACUAAGAUCAGACACUGCUUCCCCGCAAUAUCUAGAGUAUUUAUUUCUAUUUUGGGGAGUACCAUAAAUGUACAUUGACAUAAAUCAUAAAUGAACCUUGGGGAAGACCGUUGAAGCCAUAUAUUGCAUCUGACCUCUGCGUAUCUCUCCCUUAUCCAUCAGCUCCUGAGUAACGGCAGCCGCUACCUGAUUCGCUCUGACGACAUGGUGGAGACGGUCUACAACGACCACGGAGAGGUCAUCAAGACCAAGGAGCGACGCCUUUUCCUGCUCAACGACGUGCUCAUGUGUGCCACACCCAACGUCCGGUAAGACCCAAAGCACCAGUACCAGACACAGUACUCACCCUGGCCAGGGUUUCUACCCACAGAUGGAGCACCCUCUCUGGGUAUGAUUCUGAUCAGCUCACAGUGGAGGAGCCUGUGUCCUGUAAUUAUACUGUGCCUCAACACACUAGCUACUGGCUACUGGCUCUGACAUGAGGAUCUAUAAGCUUUAUGAAGAAGUAGUAGUAGUAGUUUAUAAAAUUUUUACAAGUAGGCUGUACUUGGCAGCUAAAAGCUGCAUUGCAGUACACAGCACAUACAGGUAAACAAAUCUCAAGGUGCUUAAAAAGAAAAACAACUGGGCCUCCCGAGUGGCGCAGCGGUCUAAGGCACUGCAUCGCAGAACUAGAGGCGUCACUACAGAUCCGGGUUCGAUCCCGGGCUGUGACGCAGCCGGCCGCGACUGGGAGACCCAUGAGGCGGCGCACAAUUGGCCCAGGGUCGUCCGGGUUAGGGGAGGGUUUGGCCGGCUGGGAUGUCCUUGUCCCAUCGCGCUCUAGCGACUCCUUGUGGCGGCCCGGGCGCCUGCACGCUGACUUCGGUCGCCAGCUGUACAGUGUUUCCUCCGACACAUUGGUGCGGCUGGCUUCCAGGGUUGCAGCGAUGGGACAAGACUGUAACUACCAAUUGGAUAUCACAAAAUUGGGGAGAAAAAGGGAAAAACCUAAACAAGAAAAUUGCCCCAAAAAAAUUUGUCCAAAAUAUGAAUGACAUGAGUAACAAAUGGAGCGACAGUCAAUAAAUAGCUCUAAAUUGAGCAGGUGCAGGUGGUGAACAGGGGGAGCUGAGCAGCCAGAUCAUGUCGUCCGGGGGCAGGAAGAUACCUCAAGGUGUCUUUCAGCCCGCGUCUUCUCCGUGCGGUAGGACACUUGUAGAACGAGAUCGGUGCAGUUAGUUUUUUAUCUCCCCAUACACUCACUCAGGAUACAGUACACUCAUAACUUUGGAGGAAUGCGACAGUCAAAUCAAAAUAGCCUGUCCUUCUCCUCUGUAUCCAGGUGCAGUGUUGAUGGCAGUGGUAGUGGCAACGCCGCCCUGGGUCAGAAGUUCUGUGAAGUGCAUGAGUACGUCUUGUCUACGUAACAGUCUGAUAGCCAGUUUUGAUGGGCAAACGUAGUAAUAGACAUCCCACAUUUGGUAAAACUUUAACCAGUACCCGGACAGUACAUGAGGAACAACUCUAUAAAUUGCCGAUUGUAGCAACCUUUUGGUCCCUGUGAGGAAAUUCCCCCUUGGAGAGAAAGUGGUCAUCAAUGCCAAACCAAGUACGUCCCAAUGAUUGGCAACCACAGAGAUCUGUCACAGGGGUCUGCCUGUAACCUGCUUAGUAUUGGAAUAAGAGUAUGAUGUGGGUAAGAUGUAGUUUAGUGGUCUAGUGCCCCCCCCCCCCCCAUUGAGGCCUUAUUUAAGUGAUAUUGCCCGAGAAGCCGAGACGAAGUCGAGGGCCGGCAAACCGUGCCAAUUAUCACUUUUAUACAACGGGUUACCAACAUAUUCAAAUAAUGAUUUACAUAUUUUCAUUAAAAACGUUAUUUUGAUGAAUUUAUUCAUACUAUUUCAUCCUUCCACAAGAUAUAGUCCCGACACAAAUCUAGGAUUGCUACCCAAGCCGGCUGGUCGUUCAUUCUAUUGGUUCGGUUGCUAGAGACGCGACCCAGUCGUUCGUUCUAAAUGUUCCAUUGACAUACUGGCUGGCAACAUUCUUAUCCCUUGCUUGCUAGCUAGCCAACUACGUCUAAUUUACAAAAAGUGCAGCCAGAAUAACAGCAAAGUAGCUGCAUUUGCAUUUGUUUAAGCCGUUUUCUAGAGACAUUUAUUUGGACACAUCCAUAACAAUGAGCUAAUGAGGCGUGAUUUCGUCUGGCAUAGAACAUUUGCUCACUAGUCAGGACACUGUUGUUCAGAGGCGCUAGCCAUCAACACAGAAAGACUGCAAAUUAGCUGUACUUCGUUUAUUUUACCUUUUUUCAAUUGACAUUUCUUUGGUAUAUAUCCAUAAAAAUUAUGCCAGCUGAUUCAUGAUUUCGACUGGUUGAGAAACGCUGCCUGCCUGUCUGUCUCGUCCCGACUCCCGACACGUUCAUUACUAUGGGACAGCUGGAGAUCGAAUUUGAAUAUUGAAACAAUGUUGCAAAUGUUGGAGAGACAGAAAACGAAAUGUUAGUCUUAAAGAAACAUGCUUACAUGCUUUUUAUAGUGGAGAUCAAGUUUAUAAAUUGCUUGGCUGGGCUGAUGAGACAGUGGAUUGCGCAGUCAGAUGGAACAGAGUAAAUAGGCAUUUUAACGUCAUAGAUGUAGCCAGUGGUAACUUGUGGAAUAGACACUGGCUGGAAUGCGGUUUUAACCAAUCAGCAUUCAGGAUUAGAACCACCCGUUAUAUAAAUUGAAAUAAUAUGUCAUUAAUCUGCACAGUGGCUGUACAAUGCAUAUACAGUACAGUACAGGCAGCAAUACCUUGUUUUCUGCUGUGUAUAAAAUCAAUACCAAUACCAAUGCCUCUUAGUGCUGAUAAUGCUUCAACACCCCCCCUGAAAUAUUGAUGAGUUCUAGAUGAUUACUGUAAUUAAAUUAAUCACUGAUGUUACUGUUGGAUGAAUCAUGGGGGGCUUUCCCUCUCAGAUUAUAGCGUUGCAUGGCCACACUCAAUAUCAAGGAGCAAAAGUUGCUUGUAUAUUCAUUUCAGACACCCCAACGACAAAUGUUUAGCCAUCAUUUUCUGUGUGCCAGGCUUUCCCUCUCAAACCACUGAGAGACGUUUUAAAAUAGUUCCAGAGAGACUGUGGUGGUUAGUCUUUUAAGCAGCCAGCUCCACUCUCUACUGUAUGCAGGGUCACUGACUUCACUAUUCCCCUGGCCUGCUCUGGCAGCUGCUCGGCACGGCCGCUCCUUUAAACUCCUUAUUGGAAACCAUGCUACCAUCAUAACCAGACUGUAUGAUUUGUGGUCAUAACCAGGCAGUUGCUUUUUUUAGUAAAGAACAUUCACCCGUACUCCUGAUUACCAACCAGGCGUGGGUAAUGGGUAAUGCAAUGUUACAUUAGUGUGCUUUUCAUUUAGCUGGUGUUCAGGUGGUGACAGCAGUACACCCACUGGGGAAGGCAUGGUGGAUGCUGUAAUAACUAUGGAGUAACUAUGUUAUUGUAUGCUAGAGGUUCUGAACGGAGGUGACAGUAGUUUCCUGUGUGUGGCAGGCUGUGACUGAGCAGACAUUACCACUGCGCUGUUACACCAAGCCCUCUGAUGCCGGCUUCUGUCUAACCCCUCUGUGGUGCUAGUGUGAUCUACUCCAGUUGUGUGUAUAAAGCCAGAGAUACUCAUUCUAUGAAAAAGUGCUAUGAAAAAGUAUUUGCCCCCUUUCUAACAUGGUUCCAGUAAUGCCUGGCGAAAACCAAACUCUGCAUUCCACAGUAAGAACAUCAUACCAAAGGUCAAGCGUGGUGGUGGUGUGAUGGUUUGGGGAUGCUUUGCUGCCUCAGGACCUGGACGACUUGCCUUAAUAGAAGGAACCAUGAAUUCUGCUCUGUAUCAGAGAAUUCUACAGGAGAAUGUCAGACCAUCCGUCUGUGAGCUGAAGCUGAAGCGCAGCUGGGUCAUGCAGCAAGACAAUGAUCCAAAACACACAAUCAAAUCUACAUGAAAAUUGCUAAAAAGCAACAAAUUGGAAGUUUUGGAAUGGCCUAGUCAAAGUCCAGACCUAAGCCCAAUUGAGAUGUUGUGGCAGGACUUGAAACGAGCAGUUCAUGCUUGAAAACCCACACGUCACUGAGUUAAAGCAGUUCUGCAUGGAAGAGUGGGCCAAAAUUCCUCCACAGCGGCGUGAGAGACUGAUCAACAACUACAGGAAGCAUUUAGUUGGAGUCAUUGCAGCUAAAGGUGGCACAACCAAUUAUUGAGUGUAAGGGGGCAAUUACUUUUUCACACAGGGGAAUUGGGUGUUGCAUAACUUUGUUUAUGAAAUAAAUGAAAUAAAUAUGUAAUUGUUGUGUUAUUUGUUCACUUAUGUUCCCUUUAUCUAAUAUUAGGUUUUGGUUGAAGAUCUGAUAACAUUCAGUAUCACAAAUAUGCAAAAGUAGAGAAAAUUAGCACUGUAUAUAUAUAUAUAUAGUUGUAAUACCGAGGGUAUGGCCUACUGUAUACAGACGUUGAGCCUCUGAUUACAAAUGGCUUUAUAGUGUAAUAGCCAUGCCCUUUGACCCACAUGCUGAGAAGAGGAUGACAGUGUAGCCUGUAAAUGGAUGUCAUUGUGCGUAAGCCUUUGUUAUUUAAGAGUCCAUUAGUGAUGUACUGUACUGCUCUCCAUCCAUAUUGUUAAAGCACAGGACCCUGAGUGAAGUUGACCAUAUGGGCCAUUCCUUUUAGAUUUUUCCCUCUCAUCCUCUUACUCACUGAAAUGCCCUUUCCUCUCUUCCCUCCCCUCCACUACCAACUGCCACCUUCAUCCCCUCUCCUCCCCGAAGCCUCUUACCCACUCACCCACCCGCCACCUCUCCAUCUGCCCUCUAGUCCCAGCCACAGACGGCCUGAUGGGGCUAAAAACAGUCAACUAAAGCAUCUGGACCCUGGGCUGACAGACAGACAGGCAUGCAUAUUCCUAGCCAGCUGUCUAGUCCUGACCUUGGUUAGACCCCUAUACAUACAUCCAGUAACCUAUUGCCCUUAAGAGAUCCAUAUGGACAGGACAGCAGUCUGGUUCAGCUCAGUAAUGUUAGCUAAUUACAUUGGACAUGGAGCUGGAAUUGAAAACAUGACAGUACGGUAUGGUCAUUUUUACCUGACAGAAAUGGAUCAGGCCAUGUCAACCCCCCACCCCCCCCACCCCAUAUUUUUUCUAUGACCCAUAUGAUUUCUUUAAUACUGAUGAGAUUUUCCUCCUAGUUAGUCCUCUCUGUGUGUCUGUUCUGGCCAGGCAUUUUACGUGGAAAAAACCCCACUCUCAGCUUCUCUCCCUCUCUCCAUAGUCCAGUAUGUUCCGCCAAAGCAACUGGUGACCUGCCUACUAGAGGCAAUAAAAAGACGGUCCAGCGUAUGAUGUCACAGUUCCCUGUGCUCUGCUCUGCUCUGGAUGUCUAUUUGCUUACCUCAUGUCUGUUGUACUCAGCUUAGCUAAUUGGGACCACCAGAAGAGAUGGGUCAGUUACAUUGGCAAAGACUUUCAAACAAUAAACCGUGACCCUUUCUUCUUCUAGCUGAUGUGGCACUAGUUCAGGUCAGAGCCAUAGAUGAUUGACUGCUCUACAGGUCAGGUUCAGCAUGGCCAGAGUGCUUGUCCAUGGCACUCGGUCUCAUUGUGGCCUAUUAUCAUUGUUUGUCAGAGCAUAUAAUAUCUAUAGUCAUAGAGAUGAAUCAUGGCCUGUAGAAUUCCCAUGGAUGACAAGCCAACAAGCAUGACUGAAGCUUAUUCAGUGAUUCUGCCCUGACCUGGGUUCCAGCCACACACAGACAUCAUUAAGACAGAUGAGGCAGGGAAUAUUUUAACUCCAUUAGACAAGACAAUUAGCUCAAUAGAACAGAAACCACAUCACAUUUUAACAUGUUUCAGAAGCUAGGACAAAUUGUUAUUUUUACCAUACACUUGAACAUACCUGAAUAUAUUAAUAAGUGGAAUGAUAUCUUGGUACAUGAUGAAGAGAAAGUCCCUGAAUUAGCUUCUGUACGUAAACGUACAAUCUGAAGUAGCCAGUUCUGAAUAACUCUUUCUGUCUCCAGUGUGACCACCACCUACGUGAAGUACUUAAUGCAGUGCAAACAGAGUGGAAGUUUCUCUGAGUGUCCUCUCUUGGCAGCCCUGGGGAAGAAUGGAGCGGUUGCCAUGGAGCUGGAACACUACGGCAGUGUGAAGGGCCAUUAUAGACCCCACAGAAAGUAGACUGGCAAAACCAGAGGGAGCUCCAGGAAUCCUGGCGCCAGAGAUUCCCAUUCACAUUAACCCCCUCCCAGUUCCAAUGUGCUGCCUUAUGAGAGUGGUAGACCACGUUUAAGUUGAAAAGUCAUAUGGUGAAAUCAUCUUUAAGAGCUUCCCUGCUUACUUGUUAGCAGACAGUACCAUAUGGUGCAAAUCAUACCGUAUGAUGACUUGUUGGCAGGCCUGUCUGAAAGACGAGGAGGGUCCUCCUCUCUGUGCUGCAGGUUUAUUUGAGUUACAGCCUUGAGAGAAGGCUAUGUGCUGGCAGAGCCUACAGGGGCCUCUCCUCUUUCUCUCUCGGAGGAGUCUGGCUCUCUGUCUGUGUCUCUUCCUGAUAUACAGGCUGAGCACUGACAAACAAAGCAGCCCAUUGUCCCGAGCUGGACGCACAGAAACACAAUAAUCACUUACUUCACUGGGCCGUUGGUUCGGUUAGGCAGGGCACAUCUACAAAGAAACACACACACACCCGCGCGAUAGAGGGAAGUUUGAACCCAGGAAACUCAAGUACACACACUCUCUCACACACACACACACACACACACACACACACACACACACACACACACACACACACACACACACACAGUUCAGAGCCAUGCCAAGUUGGGAAACAGACUGACUUUGUCUGGCAGUAUGUCUUAUCUUACCUCCUGCUUUCAAUGCAAAAUAAUUGCCCUUGAGAUUUGUAUGGCUCAUAUUGUUGGGUCAGUGGGUUCAGAUGGGAUAUGGGCUCAGCUUUGUGAAUCACAACUUACUUCUUUUACCAACUUUGCUUGGUAAUAACACAGUUCUCUGUUGACAAUGACAUGAUCGUUUAUUGACCUGUUGUCAUUGUCUCUCCUCCCAGAUAAGCUGUACAUGGGUCCAGGCCAGCUGUACCAGGACCUGCAGAACCUCAUCCACGACCUCAGCCUGGUCAACCAGAUCUCCAGCAUGAUCGGAAGCCUCAAGGGAAACUACCAGGUGAGCCGCAUAUAUCGCUGCAUUCAUUUCAAGGCUUGUUUUCUGCCUGUGAGAAUACAAGUAUAUUAUUUGGCUGUGUAUAAAUGUGGCCUGAGGUUUUGAUAUGGGGUCCCCAUUCUGUCAUGUCAGGCUGUGUGUGUGUGUGAGCUCUGGUGCACAGUAGUUUCCACAGACAGUGCUGUGUAGUGCUGAGCUGUGAGACUCAACUAGCCAGUGUUAGUGAUGUGUCUGUCUGAGAGUGGUGGGGGAGCAGAGACCAGGCCAGAGGCACACAGAGAGACAUGUGUCUCACACACACAAGACAGAGGGGGGCUUUUGUGGUCAAUUUGGAAGAGCUGGUGUGUGGAGUCAAUCUCUGCUCGCCCAAUGGCAUGAUUGAAAGCUGUAAUAGAUCUAGCAUGCAUCUGACGUUAUGGGGCUAUGGUAUAAGCAGUGUCUUGUGUUAAUACUUUAUCUGACUCUCUCUCUCUGGCUCUUUUUUCUCCCUCACUGUAGAACGUUAACGCUACGGUGGCCCAUGAUUGGGUGUCAGGUCUGCAGCGUCUCAUCCUGAAGAAGGAGGAGGAGAUCCGGGCUGCAGACCGCUGUAGGAUCCAGCUGCAGCUGCCUGGCAAACCGGACAAGUCAGUGUCUGACACACACCACUGCUGUCUCUCACACACAUAGACCUCACACCCACCACACCGCUGUCUCCCUCUCACUCACUAGGUUAGGCCCCUAUGUCCUCACUCCCUCACUGUCCCCUCUCACCAUCCAGGAAUGA